AUCAAUGUCCUACCUUGUAGCAAAAAGGCUGGUUUCUCGACAGAGAAUUGACCUCUCACAAACCCACCGUUACCUGAACACUCAGGCAACCCGACCCACUAAGCCUUCUAUCAAAUGGUCAAAUAUGAUUCCCCGUCCCUCUGUGUGGCGAGCUACCGUAUAUGAGCAUUAUACCAAAGGUCCCCCUGCAAAGUCAUGGCCACUUUCUUACCAUCUGUUGAUUGCCACCAUCCGCGAUUUCUUGGACAGAGGCUGUUUAUCCACUGUAGAACAAGCUCAGUAUCUGACCAACAGCAUAAAAAACCCAAUUCCAUCCGGAUUCAAGGAAACCCCAGCAAUAAUCCCCUCAUCUUACAGAACGCAGGCCGGUGAUAAUCUGUCUCAGCUUCUGUCUCUAAGAGACCAGCGAAAAAUAGGGUGGGACUGGCAAUCUGAUCGACAGAACGCGUCUUCACUCGAAGGCGAGUGGAUGGAAAAAGACGGGCAAGAUGAUCAGAAUAGUCCUGUAGUAUACUAUCUACACGGAGGAGCAUAUUACUUAUGCUCUUUUGGAAUGUAUCGUCGAUUUAUAUCAGAUAUAUUAAAGGGGUCAAAUGCACGUUCAUUUGCCAUUGACUAUCGCUUAGCCCCACAGCAUCCUUUUCCUACUGCAGUAGAAGAUGCACUGGCAGGCUACUUAUACCUUAUAAAUCCACCCCCAGAUGCUGGAUUUUCUCCAGUUGAUCCUAAGAAGAUUGUUAUAGCUGGAGAUUCUGCAGGCGGAGGUCUAACACUUGCCUUAUUAAUGGCGAUCAGAGAUGCACGUCUGCCCCCUCCUGCAGGUGCAAUGCCAUUAUCACCUUGGACUGAUUUGACGCAUUCACUACCAUCGAUAUUAUCCAAUGCGGCCACAGAUUAUCUCCCGAAAUUGGGAUUUAAGCAUGCCGAAUCUCCUGCGUUGGAUUACUCCGUCCUUCCGAAACUCAAACAUAAUGAAGAUGAUCAUGAAGAAAUAUCGAUAGGUCCAUUUGGAAAGAAAAUUGAUUUGUCUGAAGUAACAAAAGAAGAUAUGGACCGUAUUCAGUUUUAUACAAACAAUGCGUCUAUAAAGCUAUCUCUGGCUAGUCCAGCCUUUGACAAGAAGGACUUACACGGUCUUCCCAAGCUACUCAUUCAAGUUGGUCUUGCAGAACGGCUUCGCGAUGAGUCCAUAUAUGUUGCUUUAAAGGCAUCCGGUAAAUAUCCCGGAGCGUCUGACUAUAAAUCAAAGCUUCCCAGUACUCCAGUUACUCUUGAGAUAUAUGAAGAUCAGCCACAUGUUUUCCAGAUUCUUAUUCCUACAAAAGCUUCCAAGUGUGCCAAUAGUCGUCUGGCAAAGUUCGUAAUUGAGGCAACUCAACCUGACCAGAAAGAACAAGAAAGUAAAGAUGAGUCGCUUGUGGCAAUUCAAAUUACACCAGAAGGGGAGCACAAAGAUGUAACACAGGACCUGCUUGAGCGUAUGACAUUGGGAAAAUGGGACGAAUGGGAAGCACGCCUAGCUAGACCGAGUUUACUCGAGCGCUUAAAGGAAAUGCGAGAAAAACUAUCUUAGUAAAGCUUUUUAAAAAAAUAAAAGCUUAAACAAGCCCAAUGGUUUUUUCUUUAAAAG